CUCUCUAUAUAUAGCACGCCGUACCAUCCUCCCCUCCGCCUCCCGCUCCAAUCCUGAGCUUCAGAAACGACGGCGAGAAGCCUUGUGAGUUGUCCAUCGCCACGACGACGAACACCGUACUUGGCCGCGCACACCAUGGGCAUCCUGAACCACCUCUCCCAUCUCUGCAGCUUCACGGACACGAAGGAGGCACUCAAGCUCCGGAAGAAGCGCCCGCUCAACACGGUGAACAUCAAGGUGAAGAUGGACUGCCAGGGGUGCGAGCGGCGGGUGAAGAGCGCCGUAAAGUCGAUGCGCGGCGUGACGAGCGUGGCGGUGAACCCGAAGCAGAGCAAGUGCACGGUGACGGGGUACGUGGAGCCGGCCAACGUGCUGGCGCGGGUGAGGGGCACCGGCAAGAACGCCCAGAUGUGGCCGUACACACCCGUACAGCUCACCACCUACCCCUACGUCGGCGGCGUCUAUGACAAGAAGGCCCCCGCCGGCUUCGUCAUCAACGCGCCGCAGGCCAUGGCCGACCCCGCCGCUCCCGAGAUCAGGAUGAUGACCAUGUUCAGCGACGAGAACGCCAACGCGUGCGCCGUCAUGUGAUGUGACCGAUCAGCCGCCGGCCGGAGACGCCGCCACCGCGCCUAUGUGCGUGUGCUCAAGUGCUCGGCGAAUUACGCGUCUUGCUGCGGGAGCAAAGCACAUGAACGGGGAGGGUGGCGUCGGCGACGGCGGCUGCCGGCGGGGGAGGCCGUGGACUGCCGGGAUUCGAGAUGUUCGAAUCAGGGGGCCUCAUGUAAAUAUUCCACCCAGAAAUUUACAGAGAACCCCCUAAAUCGGAUCGCGAUCCAAAUCAGGGGGUGUUUUAAAAAUAUUUUACCGAAAUUUUACAAAUAAACCCCUCAAUCCAAAUAAAGGGUCUUUAUAAAAAUAUUCUGGGGCGGGGCGGCGCCCUCUGCUAGCCCCGCGCCGCCGUGGGAUUCAGAUCCACUGACUUCGUUGUUUUUGACGUUACCUGCGGUCACUGACAUCUCCACCGUGCUUCUUCUAUCCUAUGAACCAUACGGUGCUUUACUAUUUUUACCGCUUCAGUACAAAUUGGGCCGCGGCCCACUAAAGCAAUGACCGCUUAUAUGGCGGAAAAAAGUGCCGGGAAGGGAAUUUUUACUGUCUUUUUGCCAGCAGCUACGAACAGAAUGGAUCCAGCACAGAUGGGAGAAGGCGACGGAGAACUCCAUGGCGGCUUUAGAAAUACAAUGAUACCUUAGCUUGGUAUGAAGUUACAAAGUGUUGAUGAGGCUUGGAAAUUUUGGGAAGCAUAUGGAAGUUGCACUGGUUUUGAGGUUAGAAAGUGGCAUACAAAUAAAAGAAAGUCUGAUGGAAAGGCUAGAUCAUGCAGAUAUGUUUGUGCAAAAGAGGGUCAUUGAAGAGAAGACAAAAGAGAUCAUCUGACAAAGUGUCCGCGAGCUGAAACUAGAUGUGAUUGUGAGGUAUGUAUGGGUCUUAUUCUAAUUAAGAAGUGGGAAACUAUAGAGUCAUAGAUCUGAUCCUAGAACACAAUCAUACUCUUCACACUCCAGAAACAUUCCACUUAAUGAUUUCACAAAGAAAUAUUUCACCA